AUGUCCGCGCGCGCGCGCGCGCUCGGCGACGGCGUCGUGGCGUCGCGGGCGCGCGUGCGGUGUCGUCAGACGAAUGAUGGACGACGCGUCGGCGCGCGAGCGAUCGGGCGACGGCCGAGCGACUGCGAUGGCUCGCGCGCGCAGGUGGGAGGAUUGGACGACGUCGUGCGCGGCGUCGUCUCCACGCUCGCGGCGGUGGCGGUGACGGUGACGAUGGGGGGGGACGUCGCGCGCGCGGGCGCGCUCUCGCCGGCGAAGGAGCGGGAGAUGCAAACCACGGGGGCGUGUUUGUUGCAAAACUGCGGACGAGAGCUCGCGACGUGCGUGACGGAUGAAAAGUGUUUGGAGGAUUUGGUGUGCUUGCAGGGGUGCUUCGGGAGGGAGGAUGAGAGCGAUUGCCAGAUUCGGUGCGGGGAUUUAUACGCGUCGAACGCGGUGGGGACGUUUAAUACGUGCGCGGUGACGGAAAAGUCGUGCGUGGCGCAGCGUAAGGAUGAUGGCAAGUAUCCGGUGCCGCCGUUUGACGCGCUCGCGGAUGAUUUUACGAUUGAUACCAUGGUGAAGGAGAAGCGCUGGUACAUUGUCGCCGGUUUGAACAAAGAUUUCGACAUCUUCGACUGCCAAGAGCAUUUUUUCGACAAGGGUGAGGACGGGAAGAUGUACAUUAAGAUAAAUUGGCGCGUGAAUCGACCGAACGGUCAGUUCUACGAGCGAAGCGACGUGCAGCGCUUCUACCAAGAUCCCGAGGGCAAGGCGAUCUUGUACAAUAGAGGAAACGUCAUGUUGCACUAUCAAGACACGUGGUACAUUCCCGCGUACAAGGAUAAGGAGUGGGUGUACAUUUAUUAUCGCGGCACGAACGACGCUUGGGACGGAUACGGCGGCGCUACGGUGUACGCGACGUCGCCCGAGUUGAAUCCGGAGUGGAUCCCAGACCUCGAGGCGGCUUCGAAAAAGGUGGGCGUGAAGUGGAGCGAUUUCGUCAUCACCGAUAACUCGUGCAAGCCCGCGCCCGAGCUCACGCUUCAGAAGCCCACGGAUCUGGACACGCUCGCCGACGACGCCAAGGUGCUCGAAAAGGACUUUGAGAAGGACAUCGUGCUCGCGGAGAAAACCGUCGCCGACGACGUACGAAAGGUGGGGCGAUACCUCGACGAUGAGCUCAACACGUUCACCAAAAAGCUCAGUCAACUCGAGAGCGGACUUGUGAAUUCGGGCCCGGGUCGACCCGCCGGUUUCAUGACCAAGGAGGAGCUGAAAUCCGCCCAGUCCGCCAAGGAUCGACGCCAACUCGAGCGCUUCUCCAAGCGUCUCGGCAAGAUCCAAGACACCUUCCGCGCCGACGAAAAUUAG